GUGAAUAUGAAUGAGCUUUUCGUCUUCUUCUUCUUCUUCCUCUGAUACUGUUGCCUUUUAAAGCUCUUUCUUUAACUGUAAAAGAGGAAACUUUUAGAAGAUGAAAGAGAGAUUAAACACCAAAAUCAGAAAACCCAACAAUUCAUCUUCCAAAAAGGUCAUCACUUUUUCGUUUCUCUCUGUUUUCUCAGUCUUCGUCUUUGUUAAUACUUUCUUCUACCCAAGUUUUUACUCUGAUUCUUCUGUCUCAACUCGGCGCAAUCUCGUUGAUGAUUCCCGAGAAAGUUUCGAUUUUUCUGGGAAUUUGUGUAAAACCAAAGUUUACAUGUACGACUUGCCGACGAAUUUUACUUACGGAGUCAUCGAGCAACACGGCCUAGCUCGCGGCGGAGAAAGAUUCGAUGAUGUAACCGGGUUGAGAUAUCCGGGUCAUCAGCAUAUGCAUGAGUGGUAUAUCUUCUCGGAUCUUAACCGACCCGAAAUGGAACGGGUCGGGUCUCCUAUUGUUAGGGUAUUUGACCCGGCGGAGGCGGAUUUGUUCUAUGUUGCGGCUUUCUCUUCGUUGAGUUUGAUUGUGAAUUCGGGUCGACCCGGUAACUCUGGAUCCGGGUUUGGGUACAGUGAUGAGGAGAUGCAGGAGAGUUUGGUGGGUUGGUUGGAAGGGCAAGAGUGGUGGAGGAGGAACAACGGGAGGGAUCAUGUGAUUGUUGCCGGUGACCCGAAUGCGUUGAAACGGGUCAUGGAUCGGGUCAAGAAUGCGGUUUUGCUUGUGGCGGAUCUUGGUAGGUUAAGAGCUGACCAAGGGUCGCUUGUGAAAGACGUUAUCAUACCUUAUUCUCAUAGGAUUGAUGCUUAUGAAGGUGAGCUUGGAGUAAAGCAGAGGAACAACUUGUUGUUCUUCAUGGGAAAUCGAUAUCGCAAAGAUGGAGGCAGAAUCCGAGAUUUGCUUUUCAAGCUGCUUGAGGACGAAGACGAUGUUGUGAUCAAACAUGGAACGCAAUCAAAGGAGAAUAGGCGUGCGGCUAAACAAGGAAUGCAUACAUCUAAGUUUUGUCUACAUCCAGCUGGUGAUACUCCUUCUGCUUGCAGGUUAUUUGAUUCAGUUGCUAGUUUAUGUGUCCCGGUGAUUGUAAGUGAUGGCAUUGAGUUACCUUUUGAAGAUGUUAUAGACUACAGAAAGUUCUGUAUAUUCUUGAGGAGUGAUGUUGCUUUGAAACCGGGGUUUUUGGUUAAGAAGCUGAGAAAAGUGAAACCAGAGAAGAUUUUAAAGUACCAAAAGACAAUGAAAGAGGUUAGGCGAUAUUUUGACUAUACACAUCUAAAUGGAAGUGUGAACGAGAUUUGGAGACAAGUUACUCAAAAGAUACCGCUAAUCAAAUUGAUGAUCAAUCGGGGGAAGCGCAUGAUCAAGAGAGAAGGAAGUGACCCACAAUGUUCUUGUUUAUGCUCAAACCUGACAGGGAUCAUCCAUGGUUCUUUGUCUACAUACUCUUUCUUCAACUCCUCAAAAUUCUUACCGAAAUCUCCCUGAUGUUUUACUUUACACGUUGAUCAUGCUUCACCUUGGGAGUUGGGAGAGGCGGAUCAUCAAAGAGCCUUCUUUUUGGAGAACAGUCGCGAAAAGAAUGAUCAUCAAUUCAAACAGCAGAAGAGAGAAUCAAGCUAUCUUGUUUGCAUAUAAUCGAAUCACGCAACGGGAUCAUCUCUUUGAUCGAUAACAAAAUAUGAAGUUGAAAAGAGAAAAAAACCGAGUCCAUGCCAAUGACCAAAAACACAUACAACACAACAAAAUUUGUAUGAUCAGCUGAUCACAUAUGUAGUAUUGUACAGGCAGAACAAUGUAACUGUAGAUAACAAUUAUUCAGGAGGGUGGUACUAAGACCAAAUAGAUGCUGAACGUGGUGGACGGAGAAGAGAGAAAAGUCUACUUUACAGAUAGAAGAUAACAAAGUGGAAAGUGAAAUAAUGCAAUAUAUCUAAGUGUUUCUUAUAUCUUUGCCUCAGUUCAAUGAAAUGAUAGUUUUGAUAAUUAAGCA